ACGAAUUUUAUUUCUUGAUAUUAUGUAAUAAACAAUGAAGGAACAAUUUUAUUCGAAAAUUGUUUCAAUGGCACAAAUAUUUAGACAUUUGUACAAAUGUUUGUAUCUGAUUAUAAAUAAUUAGAUUUCACAAAGUUACACAAAUUGGAGUAUAUCUUCAUUAUUUUAAUUGUUCCUUAUAAAUACGGAGAUAGAAUGUGGUUUUGUGUCACGCGAAAACCUAACAGUUUUUUUCUUGUUAACAUUUAAUAAAAUAAGUUGACUCUUUAAUAGGAUGGCAGAAGCAUCAAUGAGUAUUACACUAGUUUUGCUCGUGAAUUCAUUGCGAUGCUUACUUCUAGCACUUUCGUUUCGUGCACGGCCUAAUUCUCGCAUAGUCUUCAUUAAGCGAGCGCAACGCGAGGCCCGUCAAUUUUCACUCCUGCAUCUAUUCGAUAUUCUGCAUUUAAUAAUACAUUUCAUUUUCGCUCUAUCACGAUUAGACACGCGAAUCCGUCUCGCUGCUCGCAAGGUACCGUAAGUGGCUCGUUAAAACGCCAAACGCUUUUCUUUAUAUCAGUUAUCAAUUCUCUUUUAUUUAUUUCCAAGAAAGCCGCUGUAAUCUGUUUGUGCCCAGAAACCUACUUCGAGUCGUUAUAUAUUUUAUUCUUGAAAAUUAGCACUUGUUAAUAGCGGUUAUCUUUCAACGACAGAAUUUCACAGCGGUCAAUUGACGCGCAAGAAGCAUCGAGAAUCAGCUCGCGCUUAUGAUUCUUAAGCUCGUAAUCAUUAACACGAAAUCCUGAAAAUGCGGCGCCGACGUAUGACACAACAGCGAAAUCGACGUCGGUCGGUGACACGGCGAUUCGAACGCACGAUGAAAGAGGCAUUCAAUUACCGGCGACGAGCUGGUGAUGACGAGUCGCGAAGUCUCGAAUCCGAACAAGGACCCGUCUAAUGAAAAGCGACUCGUUGCGCCAGGACCACGUCCGUCUGCGAUUUAUUCACGGUAUUUAAGACUCUACCGUGCCGCAUUGGGUCAAAAGCCGCCGGCACUGUCGGCUUUGUCGUUCGCCGAUGUCAAUCGUCGCGUUCAAAUCUGUGCUGAACAUUGUUUGCCCGUUAUUGCGCGGUACAAUGGUCUCGAAAGACGAGCACCGUGCACAAGGUUACGCCUGAUCGUUUGGGAUAUGCUGUACAUAUGCAUAAUUAGGGAGAAGAUGCAGGAAAAAAAUGGAAAAAAGAAGGAACCGAUUGUGCAGAAACAUUGUGCUAGUUUUCACGUGAAAUUUCUUGUAAAAAAACUCUAUGUACAUACAAUAUUAUAUACAGUAUUAUAAUUUGAUCAUUUGGCUAAUUGAUAUCUAUCGUAUUUAGAGAGGAGUAUUCUGAUAAUCAAAAUUGCAAUAUAGCACAAAAUAAUAUGAAGCGCACAAUAUUACAUAUUUGAUCCUCAACGAUCAUCGCGUCGUUAUUCUUGAUCAUUCGUCUCGUUCGACGAGAGUCGGCGCAGGAAUAGUUCGAUUAUCCGCCUGUCGACACCAGCGACGGCAAUGACGACGACGACGACGACGACGACGACGACGACGACGACGACGACGAGGACGACGAGAAGGUAGCAUCAUCACGCAUGCUCCAGCGUGUUUCUCGGCGCUCCCGUCGCCGUCCGCCCCGCGGAACCUGACGGAUAUUUUGACAGUACGCCGCCCUGCAUCUUCCGCGUCGAGAUGCAUCUCCACCACUGUCGCCCAUGGCGGCGACCACCUUCGUUCCACCCUCGUCGCGGCACGAGCGAAUCGCGUUGGAUGAGCUGCUUAAACGUGCACGCUUAACAGCGCCGCUCGCGGAACCGGGUCAGUCGAUAGACUCCGAAGUGGUGUUUGUGUGCGUCCAGAAUGUUCCUCUACUGGGGGUUGCAAUUGGGGAUAGCGAAAAUGAACGAUAAUUCUGAGGCACGAAAUGUCGCGUUCAAGCACGAAGUCGAACAAGUCUUCGAAUAAUUGUGGACGCUCGUCGAUCCGCAAACGACGCCUCAGUUUCGCGAAGGACGCUGCGAUCUGAAGAGUUCGUUUUCGAGAUUAAGAGAGAGCGGGGAGAGAUGAUCGCGGAUUGAAAUUGAUCAUUGCGAGUCGUUGCGAGAGACUCGAGACCGUGUGAUUCGCGUGGACCGGGUACCGUUUCUUCUUGGUCGCUCGGCUCUUGGGGUGGCCAGAUGGAAUGGCAGCAGCGCGGCGGGUCCGCAUCUUCGCAACGUCGUCUCCGUGCGGGACGUCGACUCGUUUUUGAGCGAAGUGGGCGGCCGUGGUCGCGGAUGAGUGAAGUGUUUGGAUGACUUGCGUGCCGCUCGGCGGGAAGCUGGUUGCGUUAACUCGGAGUAUGCGGAUUUCACAGGCGAAUGAGGAAUACCUCCGCGGUGAGGUGGGGCCGAGGCUCUCUCGGCGUCGUUGGAUCACCGGCGGCGCGGGCGUCCCGAAGUGCCGUGUAAAUCUUCCUGAAAAUUACAAAGUAAUCUCACGGCGCGUCCGCGCGACGGUCCCAGAAUCGGGUUUCGCUGCAAAUAUGUGUACGUGUGUGUGUGUGCGCGUAUGUGCAUGUGGUGUACGCGCAAAUCUGCUGUGAGUCUGGUGCACCGUGUACCGUACCGUGAAGCGCUGUUCGACGGGAUAACUUCACCGUCCACCUUCGCCUGUUUCGUGUCGCCAAAGCUCGAGGAACGUCCAUCGAUCCUCGCGAUCCUCGGCGAUAGUUUUCUGGAUGCCGGCUGCUCGAUGCGCAAGACAAUCGUUAAAUUGGCGCUCGUUGAUGCGAUCUCUCGUAACGGACGUGAUUAUUGCGCCUCGCGAUUCCCCGUGAGAAGGGCGGGGGCCUUCCCCGGGGCGGCCUUCCCUGGACCUGAACCUGUGCCGUGCUCUUCCCCACGAAUGUCGGAACCGUCCAUCUGUCAGAGGCGUCUCCGAACGUGAAAUCCCGUUUGGGACCUUGACGGGCUCUCGUCCGCGAGCGAAUUCCCGCGCUCUCGGUCGCUGCUUUCGAGCCAUCCCGGUGCAUGUGGUCGAAGGUGGGCGGAUGCCGCUGUCCACACCAAGGACACGUAUCCUCGGGCGCGCGGCCGAAGAACAAUGAGGAUCUCAGAGCGGCCGUUUCGCUGCGAAGCCAGGACGCUGUAGCCAGAAUGCAAAGCCCAGGCCGUCUCUCGUGCUGCCCUUCGUCCGCGUCAUCGUUAUCCUCGUGGUUGUCUCGUCGGCAUCGUCUCGUCAUCGUUUGCUCCGCGAGAACGCACGAUCGGAAUCUAGUCGCGUCGCGACUGCACAUGCAGUGUGGGAACAAAUUAUUGACCGGCGGGAAAAUCGGCGCGGUUUUUCGUCCUGCCUGCGACGGUUAGAAGGGACGGAGGAACGGAAUCGUUCACAGAGGAGGCGCGACAAGAAAAGAGGAUAAGGAGAGGCUAACAAGCCGAACAGGAUGAGUCAUUUCGAUUGGAAACUGCUACGCCGGAAGAAGGUGAUACCGGCGGAUCGCCGGCCGCCGGAGAAGGAAGAGACAUGGACCCUGGCUGCCGACCAGCAAGAUCCGUGCGUCUGCUUCGACGAUACCGUCGAUUCCAAAACAAAGGAGUCGCAGGACUUCGAGAAGAUGCAGUUGAAAUCUGCAGAGGUCUCCGCGGAUGUAGCUGACACUGUGGAUGCGAGCAGUAACUUGCCGCGCAGCCAGGAGACCAGGAAGAGCAAGACGAAGAAAGUGAAAAACUACUUGCGAAAGUGCAAGGGCGCGUUGUCGAAAGGUGACGAGAGCGUCACGGAGAAGAAACGCCAGGAGAACUGCACCUCGUGGUACUUGGAGGAUGUCUCGACCUGCACGAGUCAUCAAGAGGCUCGCGACGAGCCUGCUGAGAAAUACACGGAAUUCCCCGAAGGGAGAUUUGAGAACUCGGUCCGCGAACUCGUCGAAAACCCUUCAACGGAAACGCUCGAAGGGAAUCAAGUCUCAUGCAGCGAGAACCUUGAGAGCACUCCGGACGUGGCUCUCGCCAGGCUACUGGAGGAAGAUCGUCGAGCUGAUCUUAGCAGAAGCAGAACCUCCCUAUACGAGGAUGCAAGAACCACGAGUCCGGAACCCCAGCCUAGCCCAGAGAAGAAGACCCCGACGAAGGAAUCGAAGUUCCACGAUGAAGAGACGAAGAACGUGACGGUCUCGCUUGAAACGUUGACGACGGGUGAUACGAACCUGGAUAAGUGCGAUUCGAACGACACAUUGAUUGCGGAAGCUCCAGAAGCAGCAGAAACUGCUUCGACGGAAUUGACGAUUAUCACAGCAGAGGAAAGCAAGUCGAAGGAGCUAAUUGAUGCAGCUGAUGAGGAGGCAACUUUACCGGUUCCUGCAUUCUGCGCAGGUCGCGGACAUUUCGCUUCCGUAGUCCGGAACUUGCUUGGACCGAUUUAUGGUGACGGUGUUAUGAAUCUAGUGAUAAGGCAAGCGCGAGACAUCCUGGUUUGCGCUUAUCACGGCAACUUGGACAACUUUGUCCGGAUUUAUCUGUCACCUGCUGCAGGCUUGCUGGCGGAAGUCAAGUAUGCUGCUUCCGAAACGGCGAACGAAGCGGUGGUUCCGGACGGCUGGCCCCUCACUUUAGGUGGCAACGGGUUGAUCCUGCAGCUGGGCGAGCUCGAAACGUCCGCGCUACGUCUCGGGGAAUGUUACCUCUGCGUACGCAGCGCGGCAGCCGCAACUGCAAUUGCAACUGCAACCACCUCGUCGGUCAGCGGCGCCGGUGAAGCCACUGAGCGAAAUACUGUUGAGAUAGCAGUAGUCUGGCGAGCCACGUCGAUGAGGGCUCCGGGGAUUCUGGGUUGGGACCGUGAGGACGAAUUCAUGGACUGGCGAGACCUGACGAACAAGGGUCAACCGAGUUCAUCGAGUGCGGCUGGCACGAGCCUCGGCGGUCAGUCCUCGGCCUCGGCGAUGAAGAUCAGCGGCCGUCCGCGGAGAAGAUCACGCGAGGACGCGCGCCCGAGGACGCGCGAAGCUAACAGAACCGGAAGUGCUGAACAUCGUCGCGAGGAAACCAGAUCGAUCGACCGACUGGAGCACCAAUCGUGCCGCGAGGAUCGCGUGGCCACCGAGCCCGGCUCGGCGGUGAUGAAGUCCAGGUCUGCGUCUAGUGUCAACGCCUGGAAGGAGGACCUGGAUGACGAGCUCGAGCGCGGCGCGAGUCGGCGUCACGCAUACAUCAAGAAUUCCUCUUCUAGUCCGGUGGCCGGCGACGAGAGCCGUACCAAAGUGAAGCGAUGCGCCAAGGUCGUGUCCAGCACCACGAUGGAGAAAUGGAAGGAGAGCAGCAGGUGUGAGACGCGCAGUCGAACGGUCGCGCCGGAGGAUCUGAAGAGCCCGUUGCAAUUCGAAGAGAGCGUGCUGCGACAAGACAAUGCCACCGCCGGCGAUUCGCCGAAGGAUCUCGAGGACAGGUUGCGGCACGUGGGUGGUCCGGACGACGUCAGCGACGAGGACCUGCCGGCAUACAUAGGCAAUCUGCUCGUCACCGUCGAGAGAAAGAUCGAGAGGGUCUCGCUCGACGAUAUGACGUUCCCCUGCCCGGCGUGCAGGAACAUAGACACGGACGAUCCGUUAUUGGGAUGCAGAUGCGCCGGCGACGAUUGCGGUUGCGAUGCCGGCGAAGAUAACUGCGACUGUGCCGUGGCCGCCUCGCGCAAGGAACAGUCCGCCUGGAGUUUCGAAGUGGCGGGAAUUAAGCAUAUCGACAGCGACGAUGAGGAAGAAGUACGGAUGGGAUUCGGAACCAAAAAGCGAGUGGAUGAAGUAGCAUCACCGAGAACUAUCCACGACCUGCCGGAACACAUUCUCACAUGUGGCCUGUCGCUUCUCGGAUACGCGGACAUUGCCGGGAGACCGGUGAUCGAAUUCGAGGACAACGCCUCCACGAGGGAAGCUUUAUCUGUUAGAGAGACAUCAUCUUUUCUGCUUUACCUCGCUCGUCUACCCAGCUCCGAUUGCACAAAGAAUGGCUUCACUAUCUUCAUACGCGGCGACUCGAAGGACGAUCUGGAUUUCGUGGACAAGAUGUUGGUUCUGCUGCAGAGCAGAAUUGUCGUGGCUCAGACUCUCGUGUUUCGAAGCACCGCACCAACGGAUGGCCCGGCUGAUUCCCUCUUACCUCUCAGCAAGGUCCAGACCGUCAUCGUGAAUGAUGCCACUCUCGCCAAGUAUAUUCCCAGGCGAGAAGAAUAUCACGACCAGAUGCAAUGGAUUGCUUUUUAUAAGGAGUACGACAGCCUCAUGACGGAGUGGCAAUCGGCUGGUCGCAGAUUGGCCCUCGAAAUGUCGGAGCUGAAGGAAUGCACGAGCCUGUCUGGCACUUUGACGCCUCUCGGUCGGCUCCUUACGGAUCCCACAUUGAGAAGAACGUCUAGAGAUGCCGAAGAGGCCAUCGCUGCGCUCGAGGAACGCGCGGCCCCGCUUCUUCACGUCGAGCACGUUAGAUUGUCGAUGAAACGAGCCCGGAGACUGGUGGAGGAGGUGGGUAAGGCCGCCACCAGGCUGGAGUCGUCGUUCGAGUCGCGUCGCGCGACUAUCCGCAAUCUCGCGGUUCUACGGAGCAUCGAGGAUCAAGCACAUGAGAUAUUAUCGUGGCUCUGCAAGAAAGGCGAGGACAUCCUGUCGAAGCACGCCCAGCACACGGCGACGAACUUGGCGUCUGCGCGGCUUCACGAGCGGGAAUUCGAGAAGUUUUAUUUCACGUCGAUGAGACAUCUGGACAAGGGCAGUGACUUAGCUGAGGCAGCGAGCGCGAGCGGACUCCGCGAGCUCGCGAGGUCCCUCAAGCAGCACCUGCGCGGAUUCGGCUCCCGCUUGGAGGACAGACGGGAGUACCUGGAGGACACGUCGAGAUGCUGCCUCCUGCAGGAUCGCGCUUACGAGUGGGCGCAGGAGGCUCGCUUGGCGAGCGAGAGGAGGUCCCAGCAGUUCCUGAUGGCGCGGCCGCCCCUACCGCCCGAACACUUCACCGAGAUGAUGGCCUUGGCGGAGAAGCUCGGUAACGAAGUCCUUCUGGAGCAAUGUCGCAUCGCUAGGAACAAGUGCGCGGAGGCCCUCGAGAUCGCCAGGACCACGUCCGCGCCUGGAAGUCCCGCGAGGAGAAGAUCCUUCGCUGCUUCUGAGUCGCCUUCCUGGGACGAUACUUUAGCCAAAAGAACAUCCUGGGAUGACAGUGACAGCAGCGCAUCUUAUGCGUGUCCAAUGGAAAGCGUCGGAUCAGGUGGUAGCGGUGGUCGGCCGGUGUUGGACAACAUCGCUGAGCUUCGAGAGAGCGCAGAGCAACUUCUGGAUUGCUCACCACCGCGGACACCACCGCGAAGCCCGGCACCGAGAAGACUUGUUAAGCCGCCAGUGAACUCGCACCUGCAUAGAUCUGCCAGCAUCGCUCCAGGAAUGAAGGCGAAAAAAACAAUACUGCUCAUAAUGAGGGAGAUGAUACAGACUGAACGAGACUACGUGAAAUCCCUCGAGUACAUAAUAGAGAACUACAUCCCAGAACUCGUGCGCGAGGACAUCCCGCAGGCUCUCCGUGGGCAGAGGAACGUGAUCUUUGGAAAUGUCGAAAAGAUAUAUGAGUUUCACAGCCAACACUUUCUACGCGAACUGGAGCAAUGCGAGCAGUCGCCCAUGCUGGUGGGACAGUGUUUCCUCAGACACGAGAAGAAGUUUUACCUUUACGCCUUGUACAAUAAGAAUAAGCCAAAUUCGGAUUCGCUGAUGGCGGAAUACGGCACGAGCUUCUUCAAACAGAAGCAACUGGAGUUGGGGGAUAAGAUGGACCUGGCCAGCUACUUACUGAAACCGGUCCAGCGAAUGGGAAAGUAUGCUUUGCUACUUCAGCAGCUAGUCAAAGCCGGCACCGAUCUGUCGGAACAAUUAUCCGGCAAAGAGGAAAAAGAGGAAAAGGAAGACGGCAUGAAACCGAUGGUCGAGGGCGAAGCGGAUUUGAGAGCUGCUGAGCAGAUGGUGCGAUUCCAACUUCGACAUGGGAAUGAUCUCUUGGCGAUGGACUCGCUUCGCGAUUGUGACGUAAAUGUAAAAGAGCAAGGCAGAUUGCUGCGGCAAAACGAGUUCUUAGUCUGGCAAGGAAAAGGCAAGAAGUGCCUGCGUCAGGUCUUCCUGUUCGAAGAUCUUAUAUUAUUCAGCAAGGCAAGAAGAUUCCCGGACAGGAAGAAUCUUGAUAUUUACAUCUACAAACACAGCAUCAAAACGACGGACAUCGGUUUGACUGCUGUCAUCGCAGACUCGCCUACGAAGUUCGAGAUUUGGUUCCGCAAGAGGAAACCCGGCGACACGUACACGCUGCAAUGUGCGAGUGAAGACAUCAAGAAGGCCUGGACUGAAGAACUCAGCAACCUUCUGUGGAAACAGGCGCUUCGAAACAGAGAAGUGCGCCUGGCGGAGAUGUCAAGCAUGGGCAUCGGGAAUAAGCCGUGCUUAGAUAUAAGGCCUAGUGCAGAUCAAAUCAACGAUCGCUCUAUCAGCGUAGCUCAACUCUCCAAGACACCCAGAUUCAGAAACUCCAUAGCGGUGUCGAUGUCAGAGGAGUCCAACCGUUGCAGCAGAAGGCCGCACAGCGUAAUCUCCGUUAGCUCAUCCUCGAGCAGCGGUGGCAGCAGCGGCCCGCCCACGACGCUCAAUCUUGGAUUGGACACGAGUCCACGACCGCAUCAUCGUAGCACCACAUUGAACAGCCAGUGCAGUGUUGAAAGUGGUAUCAUCGCCGAUAUUUCGAUCGUGUCGGACGACGGUGGCGACGGCACCGAGAGAAGCCACUGGAACUCGACUCUGGAGAGUCCCACGUCGCAUCUACCUACGACUUCCACCCCUCUGCAGUCGCCAACCAGCGCGACGGCAGCAACGGUCACCCCCGCCUCCUCGACGGACACGAAUCUCACGUCUUACGACCAGGACAUGUCCAUUAAUCUGUGA